CAAUAAAUAUUAUUUGCACCUUCUUGACAGGAUUUCUCCUUAAAAAAUCUGAAAUGUAUGAGUUUCCGACUGCAUACCAAACAAAUGGCUUUCUAGGCAAUGGGUACACUUAUGGUAAUGAGUUGUUAGAGCACAAUUUAAAAGGUAAUAUUUAUCCACUUUAUAACAAUAAAACAAGCACUUGGUGAUGGAUUGGUAUUAAACCUAAUGAGGAGACUGACGUGAUUACUAGUGCUUUAAGCAGGUUUUAUUAUUAUUUUGCAUUUCCUUGCUCUAUAUCUUGUAUCAUUCAUGUGUUCCUUGUACAUUGUGUGGCCCUAUCGCUCCUUUGCUUGUUUCUGCUUGUUGCAGUCUUCCCAUCACACACUCGCCGCUGUGAUGCACCGGCCCUCCGCUCCCCUUUGCCCCGACCUCUGGAAUCUCAAAGCCUCCUGGAUCUCCUUCAGAUGGAGGGGAGGGAGCACAAGCAGGGGAACCCAACUGCACGACCCGUUUGUUGUGUUAGCUGUGCGUGCUGGUGUGAGCACGGUUUUGAAGGAUGUGUGUGUGAGUGUGGCAAAGCGAUGUGUAUCAGGCGUUAUCAUAGGACCUUGACUAUCUAUCCAUGUAAUCUGUGAAAGUAGAAUUGAGGAUUACAGAGGAUUUGUUCAGAACAGACAGAGCCUCAGUUGUAGUUGUAGAUUAGUUUUGUCAGUCUGGAGCUUUACAGAUAGAGAAGACAUGGUCUGUGUUGUACCAGAGAAGUGACUCUUAUAAAUUUGUGCUGUGCAAGGCCGUGGCAGCAAAUCCGUGAAGCCUCAAACAACUCCAAGGAGGAGAAAAAGAGUCAGUUUGUGUACUAAAAUCAGCAAGGGGGUGGGGGAUUUAAAGAAAAGGCACAGGGGGCUGUCCUCUCCCCUCUCUCGCCUUUUCUCACUCACUGCCGGUCGCCUUGGUCACACACAUGCACACACACUCACACACAAACACACACACACAAUCACUGACGAGGGCUCAGUCCUGCUAUGGCCACCAGCACCUCCGAGGAGACGCCUCCGGUCCCGGCCACUGCAGCGUCCCAGCAGCCUGACCCGGAAACUAGCGUAGAACCCGGCUCAGCAGCCGAGCCUGAGCCCAGCGAGGCCCGGCAUGACGGCGAAGGCCGAGAGGAAGAGGAGGAAGGGGGAGGAAGCGGCGCGCUGGGGCAGGAGGACGCGGGAGGGCCAACCCUGGCCCCAGAGUGGGUGGAAGAGCGCUUCAGGAUUGACAGGAAGAAGCUGGAGAGCAUGUUGUUCGCUCCCAGUCACGGAGACGGUGAGACAGGGAAGGAGUUUUUUGAAAGAGUGAUGAGGGAGACCGACACUCAGGUGAAGUGGCCGUCCAAGCUGAAGAUCGGCGCCAAGUCCAAGAAAGAUCCACAUGUGAAGGUAGAAGGGACGAGAGGAAAUGUUCUGGAAGCCAAAAAGAAGAUAUUAGAAGUUCUGGAAACUAGGGUGAACAAGGUGACUCUGAAGAUGGACGUGGCCUAUACGGAGCAUUCCCACGUGAUCGGGAAAGGCGGCGGAAACAUCAAAAAGGUGAUGGAGGUCACAUCCUGUCACAUCCACUUCCCUGACUCGAACCGACACAACGCCACAGGAGAGAAAAGCAACCAGGUCUCCAUUGCUGGGCCCAUAGAAGGGGUGGAGGAGGCCAGGAGGCGGAUAAGAGACCUGCAGCCAUUAUCCCUGACCUUUGACCUGCCGGUCAGCCUGGUGCCCCAGGCGCUGCCGGACGCAGGCUCCCCUCUCAUCCAGCAGGUGGUGCAGACUCUGGGGGUCAGCGUGAGCUUCAGGGCCGUGCCAUCGCAACCACAGGCGCAGAACCCCUUUUACGGAAGCUGCUGCACGGUCUGGGGCCUCCAUGGCAACGCAGCCGCUGUCAAGAAGGCGACCUGCAUCCUGAUGGACCUGCUGCUGGGGUCAGAGGUCACGGGCGGGGUGGUGAGCACCCAGCUGGAUGUCACGUCCCAGCAGCAUCUCUUCCUGUUGGGCCAGAACGGGGCCCACUUCCUGAGCGUCAUGCACCAGACCCAGACCCAGAUCAUCCUACCGGACCUCAGCGCCCCGCAGAGCCCGUCCUCCCUGCUCAUCCAGGGCGGCCCUGACGGCGUGUGUCUGGCCCGGCAGCAGCUCAUGGACUGUCUGCCUGUGUGUUUGAUGUUCGACAUGCGUGAAGACGGGGAAGCAGAUCCUUGCAAGCUGGCUCGGAUGAUGCAAAAUCUGGGCGUCUUCAUUAGUGUCAAGCCCAAAGUGAAGCAGACGAGCAAGUCGGUGGUGGUGAAAGGUCUGGAAAGGAACAUCUCCUGUAUUUAUGAGGCCCGUCGCUUGCUCCUGGGGCUGGAUUCCUGUGAGGCUGCUCCGCUCACUGAGACGACCCCUGACCCGGUGUUAGCCGGCACCGAGCUGACCCACUAUUGGCUCAACAUGUUGCUGCAGCAACUUCGUCUCUCUGAGCAAGUUCCGGUGCCAACUCCCACUCCAGAGGUUCUGACUGGGACUAAGCCACGACCCUCGCCUCCACCAGGCCUCAACCCUCCUGCUGAGGAGUUGAGGCCAGGACUGAAAGGAGCAGAGAGUCGGCCCCUGGAGAAGAUCCUAGAAAACGACGACCAGUCUGGCCAAUCAGAGGACGAGAGCGCCGAUGUUGCCGUGAUGUCAUCAGCGGAGGCGCGCGAGGGCCUGAACAGCAGCAUGAGCAGGGUUGGAGCGACGGGUCGGAGGGGGAGUCUCCAGGGCCCUGAAAUAGCCAAGAUCUUCAGCCAGGCCAGACGCCAUUCAACAGGGCAGGCGCUGACACACAGACUGUUCAGUACAGAGACCGACGGAGGGAGGGGCGAGCGGAGGAGCAGCCUGAGGAGAGACGUGGCACUGACUCAGGAUGGUGGUGCUGAGUCACCCAGCGCUGAGGAUUAUGACUAUGAGAAGAAGAAACUGUUGGCAACCAGAGCCAUGCAGAGGAAGCCUGUGGUCACCGAGGUCCGACGGCCCACCGACACCUGGAGCGGCCUGGGCUUCUCCAAGUCCAUGCCAGCCGAGGCCGUGAAGGAGCUCCGCAGCGUCAGCCGCCGCAGCUACAGGCCCUACCUGAGCCCCGGCGUCCUCCAGCAACAGCCGUGGGCCGCUCCCGCCGGGAAGCUGUGCAACGGCAGCGACUCCGAGAACUGGCGCGACCGACGGGGAUCCACUCCGUCGUCCCUGCCCGCCUCUUCGUCCUCGUCCUCCUCUUCCUCCUCCUCCCCCUCCUCCCCCCCCUCUACGCUGUCCUCGUCCACCUCCUCCUUCCCUGCCUUCGCGUCGCCAGUGAAUAGAAGCAGACACGACGUCCCCCCCGAGAGCUUCCAGAGCGGCAGCUGCUACUUUGAAAGCGUGUGCUCCCUGAGGAGGGCGUCCACCUGCAGCCAGAGGAGCCCCUCUCCUCAAAUCACAGAUGAGCUGCCGGAGCUCCUCAGCCGACUCGGUCUGAUCAAAUACAUGGACGUGUUUGAACAACAAGAGAUUGACUACCAGACGUUCCUCACUCUGUCUGACGAAGAUCUGAAGGAAGUCGGCGUCUCUACGUUUGGAGCGAGACGCAAGAUGCUGCUGGCAAUCUCAGACCUGAACAAGAGCAAGAGGAGGCUGUCGGACACGCCUGCUGUGAGGCCCGCGUACCUGGAGGGAGGCGCCAGCGGUCGACUACCGAGGAUCAAGGACCUGGAAGUGGCUGCUCAGAGUAACCGCUGGUGAGAGGACGCCGAGCAGCCCGGAGCCACUUAACCUUCAAAUGUUUAAACGGUGAUGCUGAUCUGCUUGUUGAACAUGAACAGAUCAUGAUUUCACCCCGGAGGUGACA